CUGUGCAGUGUGUGUACGAGUACGAGGCAAAUCAGAGGGAAUAUCCUGAUGCAGCAGUUUCGCAUUGCAUGGCUCUCGAGUCCUGAGGGCUGCCAACACUCCGUAAGGACUUGUGCAGUCCUCACUUCCGCCACUUGGUGGGUUCCUUCUGGAUACCUUUCUGGUACCUCUGGGUUCCCCUCUGUGGCCACGUGGAGUCCAUCUCAUCAAACACGUGGAAGCUGUGCGAGUUCCCGAUAAGAGCUAGUCGUCUUCACCUCUAGGUUGCGCUUUUUGGACUCCAUGCUUCACCGAGUCUGAUGGUCCACGCUGAUGCUGAUGCUUGAUGUUCUUAGGCUCGAAUCUUGCCCCUUUCUUGGUCUCGAGUCUCGACCCUCGAGUUCUCCAGAAGUGAUCAAUUGCUUGUGCUGGUUGGUUGGUUGGAUUGGUCCGGGGAGAUUACAGAAAGUGAUCGAGGGAAAGUGUGGUUCGUUUGAUCGAAGUUGGCGCGAUGGUCCAAGUUCACACCGUACAUAGUUUGCUGAGCAAGGCUGCUGAGGAGCAUGGUGACAGUCCAGCUCUGAUCGUUCCCAAUGUCUCGAGCCUGUCCCACUCAGAGUUGCACUCCGCGAUCGAGAAGACCGCUGUCGCUCUGAGGAGGGCGGGCGUUAAGCCCGGUGACCUCGUUUCUCUAGCUUUUCCCAAUACUUUGGAGUUUGUGGUAGUUUUUCUCGCAACCACAAGGGUCCGAGCGAUCGCAGCUCCUUUGAACUCCGCUUACACAGAAGAUGAAUUUGUAUUCUACAUGGAGGAUGCUGGAUCCAAGUUGCUGUUGGUUCCAGGAAAGGAGGGGAACAAGGCCGCUGAGGGUGCAGCUGAGAGACUCAAGUUGCCAGUUGCUGGAGUCCAUUGGGAGAAGGGUGAAUCCGGCAGUGGGGAGGUUAGUCUCAUCCCAAAAGCCAGGUUGGAAACUGUGUCGGAGGAUUCUCCUGGAGAUGAGCCCGAGGAGGACGAUGAGGUUCUCUUUCUGCACACUUCAGGAACUACCAGUCGUCCAAAAGGAGUGCCCCUCACUCACUCCAACCUUGCACAUUCAAUUAAGAAUAUUACAGCAACUUAUGAGCUGACACCUGCUGAUAGAACCUUGAUCGUCAUGCCUCUGUUUCACGUUCAUGGCCUUAUGGCUGGUGUUCUAUCAACUCUCAAUUCCGGAGGAGCUGCCAUCUUACCUGCUGCUGGUCGCUUUUCAGCGUCAACUUUUUGGAAGGACAUGAGAGACGGUGGAGCCACAUGGUACACAGCAGUGCCGACCAUCCACCAAAUUCUCCUCGCUCAACACAAGUCCAAACCCGAGGCCGAGUAUCCACGUUUGAGAUUCAUUCGUGCAUGCAGUUCCAGUCUUGCACCGGCUGUUCUGCAUAAUCUGGAAGAAUCAUUUCAUGCUCCUGUCCUAGAAGCGUAUGCCAUGACUGAGGCCAGCCAUCAAAUGACCUCAAAUCCCCUUCCUCAUCACGGUCCGCACAAACCGGGUACUGUGGGCAAGGCAACAGGAAUUGAGCUUGCUACACUAAGCCCUGACGGAAAGGUGCUGCCACCUGGGCAGCAAGGAGAAGUUUGCAUCCGUGGGCCUAACGUGACAAAGGGUUACAGAAAUAAUCCAGAUGCAAAUAAAACAGCGUUCGAGUUUGGAUGGUUUCACACAGGAGAUCAAGGUAUUCUGGACGAAGAAGGUUACUUGACUUUGACGGGUCGUAUUAAAGAGCUCAUCAACCGGGGAGGGGAGAAAAUCUCGCCUCUUGAAGUUGAUGCUGUAUUGUUAGCUCAUCCAUCAGUAUCGGAAGCCGUUACGUUUGGCGCUCCAGACGAGAAGUACGGUGAAGAGGUUAACGCUGCCAUUGUUCUUCACAAGUCGAUGGAGGCAACAGCAGAUGAUAUUCUGUCUUAUUGUAAGAAAAAUCUAGCAGCCUUUAAAAUCCCGAAGCGCAUCUUCUUUGCGGACACAGUUCCCCGAACAGCUACAGGAAAGAUCCAGCGGCGGUUCGUUGCUGAACACUUCCUUUCAACAGAGAAGGAGGCAACUUCAGCAGUUCCAGAGGAGAGAAACUCGCGGCUCUAUGAUGGAAACUUGAUGGCAGCCAAAGCCUUCGCCAAAGCUGGAGUGGCACAUAUGUUUGGGGUGGUAGGAAUCCCUGUAACCUAUCUAGCAACAAGUGCCAUGAAAGAAGGUAUUCGUUUCAUUGCCUUCCACAAUGAGCAGUCGGCAGGAUAUGCAGCGAGUGCUGCUGGGUACUUGACAGGAAAACCUGGCAUUCUCUUGACCGUUUCUGGACCGGGUGCUGUCCAUGGCUUAGCAGGUUUGAGUAAUGGAAUGAUAAAUACCUGGCCAAUAGUCAUGGUUUCAGGUUCUAGUGUUCAGGCUGAUGUAGGAAAGGGUGACUUUCAAGAACUUGAUCAAAUGGAAAUUGUAAAACCAUUUGUAAAGUACGCUGGAAAGGCCAAGAGUAUUAGGGAAAUUCCUACUGUGAUUUCAGAGGCUCUUGCGGCUUCACUCAGUGGAAGACCGGGAGGAAGCUAUGUGGAUAUUCCUUCGGACGUUUUGCAUGAGACUUUAUCUGAAAAUGAAGCUGAGAAACUUUUGGCGGUUGUAACUGAGAUAGUUCCAUCAUGGACCAACGCAUCGAAUCCCAAGGAACUCAAGGUCUCUGAGGAUGAGGUUUAUGAAGCUGUUUCAAUGUUGAGACAUGCAGAGAAACCACUCGUUGUUUUUGGAAAGGGAGCUGCAUAUGCACAUGCAGAGGAUGCUAUCAAGCGACUGUUGAAGAUCACUAACAUUCCCUUUUUGGCAACUCCCAUGGGUAAAGGUCUCCUUCCAGAUUCCCAUCCUUUGUCUACUACCGCAGCCAGGUCUGUUGCCAUUGGCGAAAGUGAUGUAGUUCUUGUUGUGGGUGCACGACUUAACUGGUUGCUUCAUUUUGGAGAAGCUCCUCGUUGGUCAAAGAAUGUGAAGUUCAUACUGGUUGAUAUCUGCAAGGAUGAGAUAGAGUUUCGCAAGCCUGCUCUUGGUCUUGUCGGAGACGCGAGAGUAGUUCUUCAGCAGAUAGCUGACGCAGUCAAAGACGACCCUUUUACCUUCGGUGAUCAGCACCCAUGGUUGCAAAAACUCAAGAAGAAGGCAUCAGAUAACAUUCAAAAAAUGGCUACUUCUUUGGCUAAGGUGGUUGUACCUUUCAAUUAUCUGACGCCUCUCCGCAUCAUCCGUGAUGCAAUAGCGGCUGAAGGAUCACCUGCUCCCAUACUCGUAUCCGAGGGUGCCAACACCAUGGACAUUGCCAGGUCUGUUUUGGAACAAGUAGAACCCCGAACAAGACUUGAUGCAGGUACAUGGGGAACCAUGGGAGUGGGUUUAGGUUAUUCAGUGGCUGCAUCAGUUAUUUCACCUGAACGGCUGGUAGUUGCUGUCGAAGGAGACUCUGGAUUUGGUUUCAGCGGGAUGGAGAUUGAGACCUUAGUUCGAUACAAGCUACCAGUGGUGAUCAUUAUUUUUAACAAUGGAGGUGUUUAUGGUGGGGAUCGGAGACCUGCUGAAGAUAUUGUAGGUCCUCACAAAGAUGACCCAGCGCCCACAUCAUUUGUUCCUGGCGCACGUUAUGAUAUAAUGAUGGAGGCGUUCGGUGGGAAAGGUUACCUAGCCGGGACCCCAGAAGAGCUCGAGUUAGCUUUAAAAGAAUCCUUUGCAGCGCGAAAACCCGCAGUUAUAAACGUGAUAAUCGACCCUUAUGCAGGAUCUGAAAGUGGAAGAAUGGGUCACAGAAAUUGAAUACUGAACAGGUAAUAGUUGGUGGAAGCAACUUUUGGUGUUCAAGUAUAUAAUGGAGAGCUGAAGUUCGUGUACAGCGCUCGAGCUUUUCUAUGUUCUCUAAGAUUCAGCCACGCAUCAAACCGUUUUUACACCUACGUUUUGAACCUCAUCAAACUAAGGUUGAUCAAGCAGAAUCGUGUGUAUCCGGGCGUACCAUUGUAAAGUCAAUGAUUUCCGCUACUUAAUUUCCCAUGAAUCGUUGAAUACUCUUUCUAUUAAUCAGGUGAACCAACAGUUAGGCAUUGAUAGAGAUGUACUCAGAGGUUGGAAUUGUGCUUUCGCAGGGGUCUCUGCACUCAAUUAGAUAAAUGGAAUCCAACGCAGUAACUUCUGUAGUUAUACCUAUCUUCCACCUUCGACCUCAAACAAAUAACAAUCAGGGUCAUACGGAUUUCUUUUUCCUAAACGCCAUAACUGUUUCAGUACCGAGUCUGUACAGAGGUUGCCACACCUUGGGAGUAGAUUCCCAUCAUGGUUUUGCAUCGAUCAUCGUCAUCUGCUCUGGUUUCUCUCAUGCGAAUCAGAAUGCCGUUCCUGUAAUAAUAUUCACAACGAGGAGUUUGACCGCUUCGGAUGUACAUGAAAAAACACGUAAUAAUAAAAAAUCAAUUCAGUUAUAUUU